AACACUGUGUGACAUCUUCAACUAAAAACAUUGUAAUUGUAAUAUUAAUUCUAUUUAAUUAAAAUUUUGUUUUGUAAACUGUAAAUAAUGGCGAAUCCAAACUCUACCGGACCUCUAGGAUCGGGAAAUACAGAAGACGAUGAACUGACACUUCCUAGAGCUAGCAUUAAUAAAAUGAUAAAAGAAUUAGUACCCUCAGUUAGGAUAGCAAAUGAAGCAAGAGAAUUAAUUUUAAAUUGUUGCACAGAAUUUAUCCAUUUAUUAAGCUCAGAAGCAAAUGAAAUUUGUAAUCAGCUUCACAAAAAGACGAUAAAUGCGGAGCAUGUUUUAAUGGCUCUGAACAGGCUUGGAUUUUGUGAUUACACGGCGGAAGCUGAAGCUGUCCUCAAAGAUUGUAAAGCAGUCGCAGCAAAACGCAGACGACAAAGUACCAGACUAGAAAAUCUAGGUAUACCAGAAGAAGAAUUGUUAAGGCAACAACAAGAACUGUUUGCCAAAGCUAGACAGGAACAAGCACAAGCCGAUCAACAACAGUGGGAACAACUACAAGCAGCAGCUGCGAGACAAGCACAGCAGCAGCAACAACAACAAGGAGAAGAUGAUCUAGACGAUUAUUGUUAGGUGUUAGGAGUGAUAGUGGAGUACAAAAAGGCACUGUAGGUAGAUAAUAAUUCUGUUCUUUAUUUUAAAAGUUUUAUAUAUUUUUAAUUUAAAUUAAUUUACAGUAAUUUUUUGAUAUACAUUAGCACACCCAUAAUGUGUCUUUUCUGCUUUCUGCUAUAAAAGUGUCUUUUUUAUAAAAGAACAGUUUUUUAAUAG